CGUUUCCUAACACACGACCGAGAGUAAAUCCAUCACCGUUGUAACUUCAGGCUGCCCGGUGGGAGCUCGGGCCGCUGUGUGGUGCUAUGGAGCAGCCGGGUUGCGUUCGGGACAUGGGGGCGGCUGCAGGAGAGUAACCGGGACAUCAGAGGAAAGGUGACUUCAAUACGCCUCAGACUCAGAGUUUGCUCGUGUCACAGCUGAAUGCAGAAAUACAUGACUACUUGAAGGAUUCUUAAUUGAAAGUGAGUUUGCCCCACACAGAACUUCUUGUCUAUGCAGCAUCCUCUGACUUCUGGAGAUGGAGCAUCUCUGCAGAACAGCAGUACUGCUCCAAAAUGUCAUCAGCCAGUACCCAAUAAAGAACCAUUUAGAUCAACUGUUCAACAGUAUGACUUCAAUUAUCAGAACAGCUACCAGCCGUCUGCUCACAAGAUCAUCCGACCUCUCUGUCCUACAUCUUUGGGUGAUACUCAAGGAUCUGGCCAGAUGUACACCACUCUUUCCAUGGAUUCUUCAUUAUUUAUACCACGUGUUCCUAACAUGACUACUGCCAGGCAGGCAUUUAUAAGCACUCCUCAGCAAGCAAGUUACAUUGCAAGUGGUGAACCUUACCCAACUCAAGUUCCUUACUUUGUCCCUUCUCACAGUACUACUCAGGUUUUUCCAUCCCAUUCUGCUACUAUUCACCAAACUUACCCUAGUUUCUGUUAUCAAGCUGUGUCUGAUUUCAACACCCAGUAUGAUGUUUCCUUAACCUCACAGGCCACCAGUCAGCCUUCAUUUAUUGCCUCAUCCAGUCAAAUAAAAGCACUGCCAAAAACGGGGCAGGUGCAUACCCAGGUAUCAUUUCAAUCUUGCCAUGCUGGAAAUACUAGUGCUUCUUUGCAACCUCAACUUGGAGCAUCACUGGCAAUGCCAACUGGUCCUACUGUCAAACCUGUUGUCUUUUCUUCCUGUGCAAGUAGCCAAACAAGUGCAGGCUCUCCCUUUUUAACGCCUCAUCAUAUGAACCAAAGUUAUCCACCCAGCAGACCAAAUGUAGUAAAAACUCCAGUUGCUAUGGCACCUCUUCCACGAUGGCCACCAUCUUCAGCUGAUCAACCUAUUUCAGCUUUUGCAUCAUCAACAUCUGCUUCAGAGACACAGGAUGGCAUGCACUGUGGAUUUGUUUCUAAUAAUCAAGUUAAUUCAGCACCAAGUCCCUUGUCAUCAACUUCAGAUGAUGAGGAUGAUGAUGAUGAAGCAGGUGUGGACUCUUCUACUUCAUCAUCAACAUCCACCAACACGUCACUUACCAACAACUAUGAUAGUUUGGAAGGUGGAAGCAGUCAAGACUUGUCAUCUUUAGCCGCUAAAGCAUCUUCUGCAUCUGAUCCAAGUUCACUGAUGACAACUAAACAUAAUGCAUAUCCAACUCUUCAACAACCUCACCUGAAGGUAGCUUCUCCAUUGUGUUCUGGGGGGCAGCCCACCAGUCCGGGAUAUUCUCCUGCAGUUCAACAGAUUACACAGCCAUUUUCAAAUGUUAAUCAAUUGUCAUCGAGCAUGGAGCGGCUGUCUUUUCAGAAUAAGCAACAGACCGAGUCUCUGAAACAAAUCAACCUUCUUCAAGAGCGUAAUAUUCUUCCAACUGUUCCAGUCCAGUGCCCUCAAUCCAGUUUAAGUCCAGAACUAAGGAAGCUUAAUUGCAGUCCAGACCUAUUCCGGUGCACCCUGCUGAAUGUUCCUCAGACUCAGGCUUUGCUGAACAAAGCAAAACUUCCCCUUGGGUUAUUGCUUCAUCCUUUCAGAGACCUUACGCAUUUACCUGUGAUUACGUCCAGCACCAUUGUCAGAUGUCGAACUUGCAGAACAUAUAUUAACCCGUUUGUAUCCUUCCUUGAUCAAAGAAGAUGGAAAUGUAAUCUGUGUUAUCGAGUUAAUGAUGUACCUGAAGAAUUUAUGUAUAACCCUUUGACCCACUCAUAUGGUGAACCACAUAAACGACCAGAGGUUCAAACUGCAACUGUGGAAUUUAUUGCUUCUUCAGAUUAUAUGCUGCGACCUCCUCAACCUGCUGUCUAUCUCUUUGUCUUUGAUGUUUCCCAUAAUGCUGUGGAAUCAGGAUAUCUGAACAUUUGUUGUCAGUCAUUGUUAGAAAACUUUGACAAGUUACCUGGAGACUCAAGAACCAGAAUAGGAUUUAUUACAUUUGACAGCACUGUUCACUUCUUCAACUUGCAGGAAGGGUUGGCACAGCCUCAAAUGUUGAUUGUGUCCGAAAUUGAAGAUAUCUUCAUACCUACUCCUGAUAGCUUGUUGGUAAAUCUUCAUGAAAACGGAGAGCUUGUUAAAGAUUUACUGAAAGCGCUACCCACGAUAUUCACUAGCACAAGAGAGACCCAUAGUGCACUGGGGCCAGCUCUGCAGGCUGCAUUUAAACUUAUGUCUCCUACAGGAGGGCGCAUAUCUGUGUUCCAGACACAGUUACCGUCUAUCGGUGUGGGUCGACUGUUUUCAAGAGAAGAUCCUAACCAGCGAUCCACCAUAAAGGGGAUGCAGCACCUUGGUCCAGCCACAGACUUUUAUAAAAAGUUUGCUUUGGAUUGCUCAAGCCAGCAGGUGGCUGUGGAUCUCUUUCUGCUGAGUGGACAAUAUUCUGACUUGGCUUCACUUGCUUGUAUGUCCAAAUAUUCUGCUGGAUCAGUGUUCUAUUAUCCAUCAUUCCAUCACAUUCACAAUCCUGCCCAGGCUGAGAAGUUUCAGAAAGACCUCAAACGUUACCUCGUGAGAAAAAUUGGCUUUGAAGCGGUUAUGAGGAUACGCUGCACAAAAGGUCUUUCAAUUCACACUUUUCACGGAAACUUCUUUGUGCGUUCCACUGAUCUGUUAUCACUCGCUAAUAUAAAUCCUGAUUCAGGAUUUGCAGUGCAGAUGUCUAUCGAUGAAAGUCUGGCAGACUCAUCUGUUGUAUGUUUUCAGGCUGCUUUGCUUUACACUUCAAGCAAAGGUGAGCGUCGGAUUCGAGUGCAUACUUUGUGUUUACCUGUUGUGAGUUCUGUGGCUGAAGUUUACUCAGGAGCAGAUGUACAGGCUAUUACUUGUCUUCUAGCCACUAUGGCUGUUGAUCGAUCUGUUUCCUCCAGUCUGUCUGAUGCCAGAGAUGCCUUGAUAAAUGCUGUUGUAGAUUCCUUAUCUGCAUAUCGUUCCACAGUUUCUAAUCUCCAGCAAUCAGUUCUGGUGGCUCCAAACUCCCUCAGGCUGUUUGCCCUUUAUAUUCUAGCUCUGUUGAAACAGCAAGCAUUUAAAACUGACUCCAGCAUUCGUUUGGAUGAACGGGUGUUUGCAAUGUGUGACAUAAAGACUCAGCCAUUAGUUCAUCUGAUGCUGAUGAUUCAUCCACACUUGUACAGAAUAGACAAUCUGUCUGAUGAGGGUUCUAUCACUGUUGGUGACAAACCCAUUCCUCAGCCACCUAUUAUGCAACUUUCUGCAGAAAGGCUGAUAAAAGAGGGUGCUUUCUUGAUGGAUUGUUGUUCUGUUAUGUACCUCUGGAUUGGAAAAAAUUGCAACAGCAGCUUUAUAAAUGAAGUGCUAGGAUUUUCUAACUAUGUUUCUGUUCCACAAACUAUGAAGUUUGAACUACCGGAAUUGGAUACAGCAUUAUCUCAAAGAGUUAGAAGUUUUGUUUCCUGGCUUCGAGAUAGCAGACCAUUUCUAUCAAUUAUUUACAUUGUAAAGGAUGAUGCUCCAUUCAAAACAAGUUUCUUUCACAAGUUAGUGGAGGACAGAACAGAAUCUGCAUUAUCAUAUUACGAGUUUCUUCUUCACAUUCAGCAACAAAUCUCCAAGUAACAUUUACAGUUCAUGAGUUGGAACUGAUCAGUCAUCAACUUGUUUCUUGGUGGGAGGCUGGUAUGGUGUUGGUGAUGGAAGAGUUGGGGCAGAAUGAAGAGAAAUGCAUUUACCUUAGAGACUGGACUUGCUUUCAGCUACAUUGACAUGGAUGUUUUCAAACAGUGUUUCAAUCUUGAUAAGAGUUUUACAUUGACAGCAGGAAUAUGCAAAGCUGGUCAAUAAAAUUUACAGAUGUGCAGAAUAAAUUCAUGGUUACAACACUGAAAUGCCUAAUUCUAUGCUACAAUAAAGAUUUUAAAAAAGCCACUUUCAUUGCAGAAUUAUAAUACUGACAUUAAAGAAUGGGUUUGAACGUUUUUUUUUUCUCGAUGGGGCAGGAACAUGGAGACCUUGUUACCUAAUACAAAAUUUGAUUUAUUUAUUGCCAUGUGUAAGGCUCAUUUUAUAGUUUUGUUAAUUUUGAUCCUAUUAAUUUUCCUGUAUGUAAUUUUAUCAGUGUAUAUGUUGAUUUUUCUUUUCAUUAGUGUUGUCAGUGUGUUGUGCAGUCUGCAUUAAAAUCACUUGCAGGGCUACUGAAUGUGGUUUCAAAAUGCACAUUAUAAAAGUCAGUGUGUAUAUAGAAAUUAAUUAUAUAAUGUAUAAAAAGUAACUUCAUUUUUUGGUUGAAUUGCAAUGGAAAGAAUAAACUGUAUGCAACAGUGUUGAAUGUUUUGUUAUCAAAUUCCUCCUGUCCCAUGCAGACCAUUUAGGGCUCCAGGAUCUGAAAUGCAGGUCUUCUAUGCUGUCUUUCAAUUCAAACGAGAAGUGUGUUGUCAAAUUUAAUGAAAAACGUUUUUUAAUAUUUUGUUCUGUGUGGAAUUUUAAGUGCUCUGUAUGGUUUUAAUUUUUAGCUUUAUUUUAUAUUCAAGCUUGUAUUGCUAGGGCUGACAAAAUGGACAGAUUGUUUUAUUGUACAGUUAACACUCCACACUAUGGUCAGCUGAAAUCCCAAGAAACAAAGGAAAACUGAAUGUGUGCAACAGCUCUGUAACUAAAUACAUGUAUAGGAUGUAAUGGGAAGUUUAGAAAACCAACAUAUGAAUAAAUAAUUUCCUGAACUUCAAACUGCAAGACGUGUUGUGUUCCACUGCUUAAAUUAAGCAAAAUAUUAAAUGCAGCAUCUAUCUGAAAUAUAUUGUCUAUUUUUGGAUUAGAAAAAUCUUAACAAGUGCAUGAAUAAUUCCAAUUGUUUUACAUUUAUGAAUAACACAUGCAAAUAUAUUGGCUUCGCAUGAGAAAUAUUUUUUAAAAAAAUGUAGUAUAAGACAACUCAUCUGAAGCUGACUAAUCAAACUAUGUCAAGUCAAGUCUGUCCUUUGACAGAUAAAUGUUGGUGAGAAGCAACUGGAAAACAAUGAAAUUAUUGAAUGAGAAUUUUGUAUUUCAUAGUUUUAAAGUUUUCAAAAGUCACUUCUCACCAAUAUUGAAGGGCAUGGAUAUUUAGUCAAUAGACAUUAAAGUAGGUGUAUUUGUAAUGGGUCAAGAAUUGACCAGGAAUGGACUGUAUUGUGAGCAGAAAGUACACCCAUAUAGUCAAAUUAAAUAACUAUGAGUAAUUAUGGAAAAACAUUUUAAACCCUGGCUUGUAAUUGGUCAAAGUAAAAUCUAUAAAUAUUGACUAAAUGUUUUUGUCUCUUAUUUACAAUCUAUCCAUUUUCCUGUCUCAUACUUUAUUGAUAUUUGUUUUGCACUUUUAUUGAUCAAGAAUGAUAUUUAGCAAAUUAUGACAAUAGACUGAUGUUACGAGAUAAUUAUUGAUUAAAUACUUUCAAAGACAUUGGGGGUAGUGUAAUUUGCUGUAAGUCAGUUUUCUGAGACAAGCCAUUUACCCUAAGGCAGGGGUCAGCAACCUUUACCACUGAAAGAGCCAUUUGGACCCGUUUCCCACAGAAAAGAAAACACUGGGAGCCAAAAAACCUGUUUGACAUUUAAAAUGAUAAAUGAAGUAACACUGCAUACAACGUUUUUUUUUGCCUUUAUGCUAUGUAUAAACAGAUUAUAAUGUGUUGCAUUUAUGAAAUUGAUGAACUCCUGCAGUGAAAGCGAAAUUACAUUUCUGCAUGCAACAAAAACCUGUUGAACCGAAAAAAAGACGUUGGGUUGAAGGUUACUUUUAAGUAAAAUACUCGAUGUCUAUUUGAGUCCUCCUUGUAUUUAUGAAAAACGCCAGCUGUCA